AAGUUGCUCUGUCUGCGUAGCAGUCCUGCUGCUGACGUUUGCAGGGGCGUCGGUCAUUUUGUGUGUCUAUCGAAAGCCUUGCAAGAAGAUACAUCUAACUUUUCAUAAUAGGAGUUUGAUCAAACACAAAAGUGUCCACCAUGACCGACGUGAGUGGGAAGGUCCUAACGGUCCUGGGUCCGAUCGACCCGGACCAAUUGGGCCGCACUAUGACCCACGAGCAUUUAACUAUGACUUUCGAGUGCUGUUACUUCUCCCCACCGCCAGGGGACCAGGUGGAGAACCCAUUUCAGAUGCAACACAUGUUCUGGUUGAGACAGAACCCGUACGGCAACCACGAGAACCUGCUCCUGAAGCAAGAAAACAGCGCGGUGCGAGAGGAACUGCUGGCGUACAAAAAGGCCGGCGGGGGAGCCAUGGUUGAGAACACCACAACCGGCAUCGACCGGGACCUGCCCACCAUCAGACAGAUGUCCAAAGAAACGGGGGUCCAUGUUAUUGGUGGCGCUGGGUACUAUGUGGAUGCCACCCACACAGAGGCCACCAAGAGGAUGACUGUGGAGGAGCUCAGCGUCGUCAUGGCGGACGAGGUGCUCCACGGCGCCGACGGGACGGGCAUCCGCUGCGGCGUCAUCGGGGAAAUCGGCUGCAGCUGGCCCAUCACGGACAGCGAGAAGAAGGUGCUGAGGGCCACGGCGCACGCCCAGGCCCAGCUGGGCUGCCCCGUCAUCAUCCACCCGGGGCGCCACCCCACCGCGCCCGCCGAGGUGGUCCGCAUCCUCCGGGAGGCCGGCGGGGACAUCGGCAAGACGGUCAUGUCGCACCUGGACAGGACCAUCUUUGACCACGGGGAGCUGGUGGAGUUCGCUAAGGAGGGCUGCUACCUCGAGUAUGACCUGUUUGGCACCGAGAUGCUGGACUACCCAUACGACCUGUCGGUGGACAUGCCCAGUGACAGCCAACGUGUGCAGGCCCUGGGGGUCCUGGUGAAGGAGGGCUAUGAGGACCACAUCGUGGUGGCUCACGACAUCCACACCAAGAACCGCCUGACCAAGUACGGCGGCCACGGCUACUCCCACAUCUUGAAGAGCAUCGUGCCCAAGAUGCUGAGGAGGGGCUUCACCCAGGCCCAGGUGGACAAGAUCCUCAUCGCCAACCCCAAACGCUGGCUCACAUUCAAAUAAGGACACACACACACACACACACACACACACACACACACACACACACACACACACACACACACACACACACACACAGGAGAUGGCAUAGAUCGAUGGAUUGAUAGACUUCUUACAGGGGGUUUGGAUCACAGCUGUUAUGAAAUUUCAUUCAUUAAUCGUGGUGAUUUGAAUGUUAUUUGGUGUCUGUGAGGGAAUUUGUGUGUUAAUUGCAAUGGAAGGAGUUCGAAUUGAGGGAGAUCAUCUUUUUUUUCUGCAUUCCAGACAGUCUAAUGUAUUAGCAAUUAUAAUAUCAAUCACAUCAUAUAUUAAAGAGCAAACCGUCCCAGAGCCCAUCAAUAA